CGGCGGGAGGCACAGCGCGGCCCCCGCAUCCAGGCCCUGCCGCCCCGCCCGGCGCCCGCAUGGCCCUGAGAGGCGUCUCCGCGCGGCUGCGCCCGGGCCUGCGCGGCCUGCGCACGUGGGGAGCGGCGGCGGCGCGCAGCGGUCAGCGGCCCGGGUGGGCUCAGCCGCCGCUCCCCGCCGCAGCCUCGCGCCCCGAGUUUGACUGGCGGGACCCGCUGGUGCUGGAGGAGCAGCUGAGCUCGGACGAGAUCCUCAUCAGGGACACCUUCCGCGAGUACUGCCAGGGGCGCCUCAUGCCCCGCAUCCUGCUGGCCAAUCGCAACGAAGUUUUUCAGCGGGAGAUCAUCUCGGAGAUGGGGGAGCUGGGCGUGCUGGGCCCCACCAUCAAAGGGUAUGGCUGUGCUGGGGUCUCAUCUGUGGCCUAUGGGCUCCUGGCCCGAGAGCUGGAGCGGGUGGACAGCGGCUACAGGUCGGCAAUGAGCGUCCAGUCCUCACUGGUCAUGCACCCCAUCUAUGCCUACGGCAGCGAGGAGCAGCGGCAGAAGUAUCUGCCCCGCCUGGCCAAGGGGGAGCUCCUGGGCUGCUUCGGGCUCACAGAACCUAAUCACGGGAGUGACCCUGGCGGCAUGGAGACCAGAGCUCGCUACAAUCCGUCCAGCAAGAGCUACACCCUCGAUGGGACCAAGACCUGGAUCACCAACUCGCCUGUGGCCGACCUGUUUGUCGUGUGGGCCCGUUGUGAAGACGGCCGUGUCCGGGGCUUCCUGCUGGAGAAGGGGAUGCGGGGCCUCUCAGCCCCCAAGAUCGAGGGCAAGUUCUCCCUGCGGGCCUCAGCCACUGGUUUGAUCGUCAUGGACGGUGUGGAGGUGCCGGAGGAGAACAUGCUGCCCGAGGUCUCCGGCCUGGUGGGCCCCUUUGGCUGCCUAAACAACGCCCGGUACGGCAUCACGUGGGGUGUGCUUGGAGCUGCCGAGUUCUGCUUGCACACGGCCCGGCAGUACACCCUGGACAGGAUCCAGUUUGGCGCCCCCCUGGCCAGGAACCAACUGAUCCAGAAGAAGCUGGCGGACAUGCUCACCGAGAUCACCCUGGGCCUUCAUGCCUGCCUGCAGCUCGGCCGCUUGAAGGAUCAGGACAAGGCCACCCCGGAAAUGGUCUCCCUGCUGAAGAGAAACAACUGUGGGAAGGCCCUGGACAUCGCCCGCCAGGCCCGUGACAUGCUGGGGGGGAACGGGGUCUCUGAUGAGUACCAUGUGAUCCGGCACAUGCUGAACCUGGAGGCCGUCAACACCUAUGAAGGGACCCAUGACAUUCACGCUUUGAUCCUGGGGAGAGCGAUCACGGGAAUUCAGGCGUUCACAGCCGCCAAGUGAACACACUGCACCGGGGGCCUGCGCGCCUCCGAAGCCCCUUCCCAGAGGGACGCCGGGACGGACUUCCAGAACGUUCUGUGACCACAGUCAGGGAGGUGGGGGAGGGCCCGGAACUCUCAAGAGGAGGCAAUUUAUAUGAUGGGGAGUGAGGGACCCUGACUUUUAAAUAUUAAACAUUAAAAUUUCCCUUUUUAAGUCACUCAGAUUUACUUCUCCUUAAGAGAAGAUUGAAUCUUCUACAGAGUUCCACAAUCCGUUUUCAACCGAGGAUGAUAAUGGACUCCAUCUGCCUUGGAGAAGGGAGAGGGAAGGGCGUGACAUUUGAAGCAACUUGUAUGACAGUGACGGGGUGUAGAGCCCCUCACACCAGAAGCUCACUCUGUGCCCUCUGACCCCAGCCUGUGAGGAUGUCGCUUUGUGCUGGCCUUUGGAGCACAGUGAGGGUGAGGAUAAGCGAGUCUGGGAGUCUGGGCCCACAGUGUUGGCCACAUUUAGCUGUAACCGCCCAAGAACCGAGCAUGUCUGGGGGCCGUGAGUCAUGGGGCUGUGUGGGAUGAGCGCCCAUCUCUGCCCCUGGAGAGGUCUGGCCUGUGUCCCUCCGAGCCUUGGGCUCCUCCGUGAUAAGGAAGCCCAGGCCAGGCAGUGCCAGGCCCCAGGGGUUGAAUUGGGCUUGGGGCUUAGGGCCAUGGGGCCGAUGGGACACUCUCUGACUGGAGGCGUGCAAGGGACUUGGUGCUUUCCAUCAGCAGAGCUGACCACAUGCUUGGUGAGCAGUAACGGCUGACCGGUGGCCUCAGUGCAGACACACCACAUGACAGGGGAGCCCGAAUGAGACUCGGGGGCUUUCGUUGACUGCCACCCCUGUGGGGUUUGGUUUCUGCCCACAGCCAACCCUCAGCUUCACCGCCCCAGCGCCCCUUCCCCAAGGCCCCCACUCCCGCACCUCAUGCUGGACACACAGGUCUUUGUACACCGUCUCCACGCUGUGGCAGACCUGCUUGAGCUCUGUUUCCAGAUGGGUGAUCUUGCCCAUUUUCUGGGUGAACUCUUGGAGCUUCUCCUGAAUGAUCUGGUUGUGGUGAUUGUAAAGCUGGUACAUCCUCUCCUCUAACUUCUCUGCCAGAUCUGAAACCUUUUCAAGAAUAAGACGCGUUCUUGAAAAUUGAAGCAGGAGGUGUCAGGAGACGUGCGUUCUAAGUUGCUCUCUUUGAUUUCUGCCAUUUGUCUUAUAAAGAUGGUAAAACAA